AUCGUUAACAGUAGAGUUGGUAUAUAAUUUGUUACACCAAUGGCAACAAAAUUAGUAUGUCAUCAGCUUAAAAGUUUCAUAAUCUCUCAACUUGUUUCUCUCUUCAUGUAGUAUCUACCUAAAAAUAUGUGUCGUGCAAUUGUAUUCGCCUUACUUUUCUUCAAAUUCAUCGGUCUAGCGACAUUCUCCGUGAUCACUAUCAGUAGAAAGAAAAAGCUUCAAAAGAGAACUCUAUUCGUUUCGAGCAAAUUAGGAGCAUGUUACAACGUAUCAAUCGCCUGUUUCAUCGUCGCAUCGAAUUACUUCAUAAUAUCAAUCUUAUAUUACGAACAUUACGUGAACGAAACGAUUGUAGCUGCAGUUUUUGGAAUUGUUCACGGAAUAUUAGGCACUGUAAUUACAUUCAUAAUUUUAUUAUGGUAUUGCGUGAAUCAAUCGAGUUUCGUAAAGUUUGGAAACAGUUUGGUCGAAAUCCUGGAGGAAUUGAAUCGGCUUCGAAAACCGGUGAAUCGGAAACGAAUCGUUUUUAUUUUACUAUCUAUCUAUUUAUUCGAAUUACUAUUACUUCUUGCUCUUGUAAUUACCGAUUAUGUAGCAUAUCAUAGCCACCCAAUCUCGUGGAUGGCGACUAUUGUUCCAAUGGGUCUUGUGAGCUGGGUCUUCAUUCAAUAUUACUCCGUGCUGAUCGUGUUGCACGUAAUGUACGCAAAUUUAAACAAACUUAUCCAAAAUAUUUACCUGUAUAGAAUCGGAGCCUCGAAUUGUUUGCACCGGUACCGUCGUGUGUUUAUUAACAGUACCGGGAUUCAGUCUCUUCUGAACCUCCGAUGCAUUCACGCUCACCUCUGCGAUAUCUCCGUUCAAGUUUCGCAGCUUUACUCAUUGCCCAUUCUUCUGGGGACAUUCCUCUUGUUCCUCUCUUUGUUAUACAGUGUGUAUUUCAUUUUCGAACAGUUAAUGGUCGAUAAUGUAAUUACGGAAACGUCGAUUGUACUAAAUAACGUGAUUUGGACAAUCUUUCUUCUGUAUCCGCUCGGAUUGUUGACCACCAGAGUGACUAAACUGGAGACCGAGAUCGAACGAACCGGGGAUAUCGUGCACACAUUGCUGAAUUAUGCGAUCGAUAGAGAAGCGAGAACCGAGCUCAAACUGUUUUCGCUUCAGUUGCUGCAUAUGCAAAUCAAGUUCACGGCCAUUGGAUAUUUCGUUCUAGACAACACGCUUUUUCAAUCGGUGCUCAGUACCACGACGACGUAUCUGGUGAUUCUAAUUCAGUUUCAAAUGGGUGGACCGGAACCGAUCGACUGUAAUUGCAAUUACACGUGCAAUUGUAAUAAACUUUAACAUUUUAGCGAAGGAAAAAUUUAACCGUCUGUUAAAAGGAAAAAGAAUGAAAAUUCGUCUAUGUUAGAAAGUGGUAAAGUGUUGGUACAUACAUAGUUGGUGUUAGACAACAGGUGGGAGAUUUUUUGAGGGUGAUUCUCAAAAUAAGAACAAAAUCAAGAAUGACGAAAUAACGUUUACGGCUUUGUUUUCUAGUAAUUAACGUUUAAAGGUUCGAGGAAAAAGCGCCUAACACCUGCAACCUACCUGGCACCGACGUCCGAACGUUAGUUCAGCAGGGGUUGGUACAGUCAAAACUAAGAAUCAAAGCCGAAUGCUGUAGCACCCAGGAACAGAACAGUACGAGGUAAUUUUCUACUAUUCAAUGAUUCUUGAUUAUGACUGCAUUCACCCCUGCUGACCUGACGUUUAGUCGUCGGUGCUGGGCGGAUUGCGGGUUUUAGGCGCUUUUAACUCGAAUUGAAAAAUGCUAAUUACUGGAAAAUAAAGUCACAAAACGCUAUUUCGCCUUAUUUUGAUCACUAGAAUCACCCAUAGAAAGAUCUCCCACCUGUUGUAGAACACCCUGUAUAAAUAUUUUCUAUUUUCUCUCUUUACUUUCUAUACAUUUUUAGUUGGUCAAUGUCUUUUUAAGCAGUUACGAUAAGAUUUAUCGUGCAUCUUUCGAAGAAGAAGAAGAGAAGUGUCCAGUUGCAUAACGAUUUAUGUUAACUAUAAGGUUAUUUUUUCAGU